AAUACAGAGAGGAACCUACUCACAAGGCUGGUGGUUUAAAGCAGAGCUGCACAGCAUACAGAACACACACAAUAAAGCAAUUCUCAUGACAUUACUUUAGAGGUGUGUGGAUGAAAUCCACACAAACAAACAAACAGACACAUACACACACAUGAACACAGUUAUAUAAACAUACACACAUGGGGACUGGAUUACACUACUGGACUGUUCCCUCAGCAGGACUCUUCAAAAGGUUUGUUUGAUAUGUCUACCUCCUCAAUUUUUCCAUAACCUCCGCAGUAUGACAGUUGACAACUUGAUUUUGAAGGGUAUCAUUUUGCAUCUCUCUUUUUGAACAGACCCACAGAGCCUAGAAAUAACAGCUCUUGUCCUCCGUGGAAGUGAGAGAAUCUGACUGUGUCGAGACUGAAAGACCUCUGUGAAGUUAAUUGACUUUGCUGCUUAGGAAUCUAUUUUCCAGCACAGUCCUCCUUUAAAACUAUUUUAACUGUACUGGGAAACAGUUAUAGAGCACCUUCUAAAACUCCCCCUUCUAAGACCUCUCUGUGGUAUCAGAGAAAGAUCAAUCCCUCCUUCAUCACCUCCUCUCAGUCGCCCAGGCAGGAGAAACGGGGAGAGAAGGAGAAGAGGAGGAAAGAACAGUAGAGCCGCUGCCGUCGUCCAUUAAACAUAUGCACCGCUCCAUUUCCUCUAAGCUGAGGGUGUCUGUUGCUAGUGGGGACAUGGACACCGCUCCUACAACCGUGUCGGCAGCCGGGGAUGCCACGUGCGACGAGACGGUGUGUGAGGCACUGGGUCGCUUCGAGGCCACGCUGGCGGCGGCGGUGCGCGAGGUGCAUGUGGACGUGAGUGCCUUCAAGCGGGGCGUGGAGCGGCGGGUGGAUGAGGCGUGUCAAGCCCAAGGGCCCCUGGCCGAGGCGGUGCAACGGCUGAUGCAGGAGAACCUGCAGCUCCGGAGUCAGCUGGAGGCGCUGGCCCGCCUGGUGGAGGGUCUGACAGGGAAUGGGGUGGACAGGAGUGCCCUGGAGGAGAGGGACGGUAGGGGACAGACCCCCAUGACUUCGUCCCAGGGGAUGGUGAACAGGAGCCACAGGAGUCCCUCCACAAUGGUCCCCAAUGGACCGUCAGAGUCUGGUUCUUCUGGUCUUGGUUCUGGGUCUUCUGGUUCUGGCGCCUCUAGUUCCACAUCAGCCCAUCUCUCCAGCAGAGAGCCCAUGGAGGACAACAUGGUUAAUGGUCACAAAGGUGUUGACAGAACCGAAGACAAAAACGUUGCUGCUGUGUUGGAGAAUGGACAUCACAAAGACCAAGUCAGGGGUCAGGAGGCAGAGGAGCACAAGCCUCAUCUCUCCGUCAGUGCUAUGACCAGGACUUGUCCCGAGUCACCAACUGGCCCCAGACGAGCCUCAGUGGAGCUCAAGUCUCCCGGUGUCACCCCACCCAAAGCAAGACCAGAUUUUUUGUUUAAAUCUGACGACUCAUCAUUCGGCGAGCCACAUCUUGCCUGCACUGCCAUAACCAAAACAGACUCCCCAACUGGCCCAAAACCGCCAGCACAAUCUCCUGCUUUGGCCAGGAAAUCUCCUGCUUCAACACCAAAGUCUCCUGCCUACCCAAUAGCUGACGUCACCACUCCCAAAACAGCACUUGAUGCUCUGUUUAGUUCUGCACCAGCAUUGAAGAGAGAGACCCCUGUAUCAAUGCGUACAUUUACCCUUCCAGGCCUAUCACAAGGAUCAGAGAGUUUUUCUGGACAACAAACGCAAGUGAGGUCACCAGUCAGCAGUCAUGCAGUACAGAAGGAGAACAUCUCUGUAUCUCUGGCUCCACCUCAUACCCCUGUCAGUGCCUUGAGCAGAACUAGCCCAGAGUCACCAUCUGCACCUGCCCCAACUCAGUCACCUGCCCCCCCAUCAUGGGCUCCUGCUGCCCCAACUCAGUCCCCUGCCCCCCCAUCAUGGGCUCCUGCUGCCCCAAAUCAGUCCCCUGCCCCCCCAUCAUGGGCUCCUGCUGCCCCAACUCAGUCCCCUGCCCCCCCAUCAUGGGCUCCUGCUGCCCCAACUCAGUCCCCUGCCCCCCCAUCAUGGGCUCCUGCUGCCCCAACUCAGUCCCCUGCCCCCCCAUCAUGGGCUCCUGCUGCCCCAACUCAGUCCCCUGCCACCCUAACUCAAUCUUCUGCAUCACCAACUCAGGCUCCUGCAGCCCCUCCAUCUCCUUCCCCUGCACCCAAAACACCUAGUCAACCAGUAUUUGAGGAUACCACACCCAAAGCAUUGGGAGAAUUUCCUUUCAAACGUGGUGAACGUGUAGCACCUGCAGUUAAGGCAGCGAGCCCGAGUCUAACGCGUAGCAUGAGCUUCCCAGCCACCACAGAAAAACUCCUACCCCCCAGAAAAGUGCCUCCCCCUGGCACAGACAGGAGCUUGGACAAGUUUGGCGGUUCGGACAAGUUUGGUGGUCCAAAUAAAUUUGGUGGUCCAAACAAGUUUGGCGGUCCAAACAAGUUAGGUGGUCCGGACAGGCUUGGUGGGCUGGACAAGUUUGGGGGCGGUGGGGAGCGGAAACUGCAGAGGUCACAAACGCUGCCUCGCAACCUCGGGAUGCAGAGCAAACGGUCUCUGUUUGAGAGUUUGGCCUCUGAGUGUGACAGGUCCAAGGCUGCAGGCUCCAAGCCCAAACUGCAGCGUUCCCAGAGUUUUAACAGCGCCAGCAGCAUCAAGGCAAUGCUCCUGGAGUGGUGCCGAUCCAAAACGUUUAGCUACCAGAACAUAGACAUCCAGAACUUCUCAUCCAGCUGGUGUGAUGGAAUGGCAUUCGCUGCCCUGGUCCACUCCUUCUUCCCCCUGGAGUUUGACUACAACACACUGAAUCCUGCCAAUCGCAAACACAACUUUGAAGUGGCCUUCACCACAGCAGAGGAGCAGGCUGACUGUGUGCGUCUCAUAGAGGUAGAGGAUAUGAUGGUGAUGGGUAACAAACCAGACCCCAUGUGUAUCUUCACCUACGUCCAGUCCCUCUACAACCACCUCAAGAAGUUUGAGUGACAGUCCUGUGCAGAGGCGAUCACCCCUAUCACCAGGCACACUGACACUUCGUCAACGAGCCAAUGCACUACUCCCUACUUUGUUCAACUCUCGAUAACUGUAUAGAACGAUUGUGCUUGUACAAUUCUAUUUGAAUUUGUCUUGUCAAGUAAUAAUGUGCUGUGCAUAUGGUUUGGGGCUCUUAUUUUGCCUCCUUUAGAAAAUAGAGGUAGUGAAUUGGGGAAAAGAUUGUAGUUUUACAAAUAUAUUUUUUAACUCAGAGAGCCACCUGCUGGUUAUUUUCUAGUGGUGUAAUUAGGAUUCAAUGUAGAUCAUAAAAUAGUGUUUGUCAUGCAUGAAGCUAGCAAAACACCUGAAAGACAUAAUUUAAAAUUCAAGUUGUAAAGAAAGUGGGAAGAAAGUGAAAAUGAAAGAAGUGAAAAUGCAAAGAAAGGUGGCAGGAACAACUUGUUAGUUGUACGCGCUGGUCUUGAAUCAGUUUGGCCUUCUGCUAAUGCCAUUGGCCUUAAGGCAUUUUUGAAGGACUGUCUUGCAGUGAGAUCAUGAUAUUUACAGGUAUGUUGAUGUUUAAAAGACAUCUGUUUUUAUGUAAAAAAAAGUCCAGAUUGUCAGUGUUACAAAUAAACAGCUGUAUCUACAAAUUGUAUUCAAUGUCAAUCAAAUGUAUUGGAUUAGCUUUUAUUUCAACUGUAUUAAAAUAAUAGUGAUGUA